AUGUCUUCACGCAAGAGAAAUAAUAUAGCAUCCAAAACUGAAACAGUAUUAAACAUUGAUUUAACAAAUAAAAAUACUGAUUUGAAACCAUUUCCUCAUCCAUUUUAUGAAGGUGAAUAUGGUGCAGGAUGUGAUCCUAAAACAUUAGUUGAAUUAACGAUGAUGCGUUUGAGUGGGAGUAUUCGAACUAAGUCAAAAUGGUAUGAAAAAAAUAAAGAUGAAACAAUACGAAAUAAAUGGAAACAAGAAGCUUUAGAACAAGGUUUGCUUACAGAAAAACAAAUAAAUUAUGUACUAGCUGAAUUAGAAUAUUAUAAUUCUAUAAGAGAUGGAAGUAUGGAAAUGUCUUCUAUAGAUGGUGUAUGGCAAAGUGAUGAAUUAAUACCCAUUCAUAUUAAAAAAUCAUUAAUUAUAUGUGUAAACAAAUUAGAAAAUAUACCAGAAAGUGAAAAAGAUUGGCAUCCUGGUACAAAUAAACAAAUAUUAGAUUUAGUUCAUCCAUCAUUAUUUUGUUUUGUUAAUCAAAUUACAAGAAUUAUUAAUGAUAAAAAUGUUAUUAUUAAUGUAGAUAAUGCUUUAGAGCAUAUUGGUGAUGGUAAAAUUAUUAAUAUCAAUCCUACAGAUUUAUCAUCAGAGAAUAAACGAAGUAGACUAGGAUCUAAUUAUACUCUAUCAAAUGUAUAUCAAUGGUUACCAGCUGAAUUUAAUGUUUCAAAAGAUGGUAAAGUUACAAUUGAAUCAUAUAUUAAUAAUUUACAUCCAAUUGAUAAUAAAGAACUCUAUAGAGUCAUUAAACAAAUAUUUGAACAAUUUAUACCUCUAUUUAAUAAAGUUUUAACCGAUUUAAUUCAUUAUCAAAAUAAAUCGAAUCGAAUCUCUGUAGAUCCUUUCCGAUGGUAUGGCGAUUCAAAUUCAGUUGAUCGUGAAGACGAUGAUGAUAAUGAUGAUGAUGAUGAUGAUGAACGUGAUACUAGACCAAUUACUAUACCUGAUGUCGGAGAAUUUCAGAUAUCGUCGUCAAUACCACCAGUAACAGAAGUUAUUGAUUUACGUGGAAGAAAAUUACAAGUUAUUGUUAAAUUAGCUAAUAUUGAAUUGACACCAGAAAAUCCGAAAUAUUCUGGUGGUGUUUGGCACGUUGAAGGAAUGAAAAAUGAACAAAUUGUUUCAACCGGUAUUUAUUAUUAUUUUAAUUCAAAUAUAACAGAAUCAAAUUUAGAAUUUCGAACUGUUAUACAGGAACCAAAUUAUGAACAAAAUGAUAAUCGUGGUGUAGAAACUGUUUAUGGUUUAAAUGAUGAACAACCCUUAAAUCAACCGUUAGGUGAAUUAAUUACUCAAGAAAAUCGUUGUAUUGCAUUUCCAAAUAUUUAUCAACAUCGUAUUGCACCAUUUCAAUUGAAAGAUUUAACUAAAUCAGGUCAACGUAAAAUUUUAGUGUUUUUCUUGGUUGAUCCAUCUGUUCGUAUAUUAUCUACUGCCAAUGUUCCACCACAACAAUCUCAUUGGCUUGUAAAUAUUAUACGUUCCAUACCUCCAUUUAAUGAAUUACCAUUGGUAGUUGUGGAUAAGAUAAUGAAUUAUGUUGAUUUUCCAAUGAAUAUGAAUCAAGCUAAACAACAUCGUGAGAAACUAAUGGAUGAAAGAAAAUAUUUUAUUUCAAAAAAUAAUGAGUUACUAUUUGAAAGACCAUUUUCGUUAUGUGAGCAUUGA